UAAUUAAAGAAACAAAACUCUUCAACAAAAUUCUCUUUAUUUAUUAUUUUCCUUUUUUUUUUUUUCUUUUCUUUUCUUCUUCCUGUAAACAAUCUCUCUCUCUCUAACCCUAGAUAUGAGAUAAAGAGUUUCUAUCUACAAAACUAAAAUUGAUACUUAUCGGAGCUUUUAGUUUCUCUUUUACUACGAUUAGGGUUUGGAUUUGGGAGAUUUUCUUUGGGUACAAUGGAGGGAAUAUUAUCAGACAAUGAGCAAAGCAUGGUUGCUUGCUUUCUCGAGAUCGCCGCUGGUCAAACCGCCGAUACUGCCAUACAGUUCCUUCAGGCCACUAGUUGGAAACUUGAGGAAGCUCUUCAGUUAUUUUAUGUUGGCAAUGAAACUGGGCAGGUAGCAUCUGCAUCACAGUCUCCUCCCUUAGAAAAUGCUGGUGGAUUGAAGGACAAUGAAAAUGAAAAGAUUGGACAAAAUAGUGCAGAUGAUGUGCGUCCUCCUUUGCCGGUUGUGAGGGAUACUCUAUAUGAUGAUGCAAUGUUUUAUAGAACAUCAAGGACAGGAUAUCCUCCUCAUGAGUCCAGUUCAUUGGUGGCAUUUCGUAACUUUGAUGAGGAAAUGAAACGUCCUGGGGUCUGGGAAUCUGAUCAAGGGGCUACUUCUACUGCAGAUACUGCUCGUGAUAAUCUUGCUUCAUUGUAUCGCCCUCCACUUCAUCUAAUGUUCCAUGGGUCAUUUGAAAAGGCAAAAGGUGUUGCCUCUGUUCAGGACAAAUGGUUGCUGGUGAAUAUACAAUCAACUAAAGAGUUCAGCUCUCAUAUGCUUAAUCGGGAUACAUGGGCAAAUGAAGCUGUUGCUCAGACCAUCAGUACUAACUUCAUUUUUUGGCAGGUAUACGAUGACACAAGUGGAGGCAAGAAAGUCUGCACGUAUUAUAAAUUGGAUUCUAUUCCUGUGGUGCUUGUUAUCGAUCCAAUAACAGGACAGAAGAUGCGUGCAUGGAGUGGAAUGGUGCAGCCUGAGUGUCUGCUUGAGGAUCUGGUACCAUAUAUGGAUGGUGGCCCAAGGGAUCAUCAUGUUACUUUGUCACAUAAACGUCCAAGGGGAAGUUCUCAGGCUUUGCAGAAAAACAAAGAAACCUCAGAUGAAACUAAUGAAGAAGACGAAGAGAUGUUACGGGCAUUGGCUGCUUCUAUGGAGGGUAUGAAAGACUCAAAUAGAAUGCCUUCUGACGGUAAAGAAGCAGCUAGUGCUGACGAGGAUGAAAAAUCAUGCUCAACUAAGAUACUGGCAUAUCCACCUCUGCCUGAAGAACCCAAGGGUGAAAGGAGCAUUCUUUGCAGGGUUGGACUUCGUCUUCCUGAUGGACGCAGGAUCCAGAGAAAUUUCUUAAAAACUGAUCCAAUACAGCUGCUGUGGUCAUUCUGCACUUCUCAACUAGAGGAAGCUGGGACAAGGCCAUUUCGCUUGACACAGGCAAUCCCAGGAGCAAAGAGUCUGGAUUAUGACAGUAAAGUUACGUUUGGAGAGUCAGGCCUGGCUAACUCUAUGAUCUCAGUUGCUUGGGAAUGAAGAUGGACAUGACUGCCAUUUCCAAGAAUUUCUUUUGGAUUGGGAGUUGCCAGCAUCCAUGUUAUCUUCACUUUGGCUUGCUCUGUUCAGAGUCCCUUUGGAACCUUGAAGUUGCACAUUGCUUUGCCUAUUUUGUAAAUUCUCCAUGUCAGCAUGAAUCCUUUGCUUUUUAUGCAGUUCCGAGAUUAUCCAACACUUUUCUAUUUUAGUAUUCUUGUUAUUGGGCUUGAGCCUGCUCCACAAGCAGUUAUGGGGAUUCAUUUCAAACCUCAAAUCUCUACAUCUUCGUUUCCUUCUGUCGGAAAGGGUGGGAUAAAGGAUAAAGAAAAGAAAAAAGAAAAGAUAGUGUUCUUAAAUGUUCUCUUUA